AUGGCCUCUGCGUUAGGCACCGACAUCCCUGUCAGAGUAGCUGAUGAGUCGACAGCACAGAGUCUAACAGAGAAAGAUGAAUCAAUAAAAGUCCUGACACGUAAGGAUAAAAAGAUAACGACUGUGAAAAAUGGGAAAGUGACCAAACCAAAUAAAGCUCCUCUCGCUGGCGCAGAGGUAGUUCAUAUCUUUGCCAAGAAAAGAGACCCGGGAGAACCGGAGCUUUAUUACCUGAUAGAAGUGGAUGGGGACUUUUACAGACCCUAUGACCUGAAAGUGGUCCAUUCCAGUGAAGCUGGUUCUGAGCACUACAUCUUCACCCCUAAUACUGUCCUACAUGUGACAGAACGGGGUUAUGGUGGACUUGUAAGUCUGGCAGAGUGGUACAGAGAGUCUGUGUUGUGGAAUGCCUUACAGGAAAUCCCAUUUUUCAGGGAGUUUAGGCUGCGGAAAGCUUUCACCUGGUGGCGUAGAAAUGUGCGCAAGAUCUUUUUCCAGCGCAGGUGUAAGGAUCUGCAGGAUAUGCUGGUUCUAGCUGUGCCUCAGUUCAGAAAUGCCCUUUAUCUGUUCACGGGAAUAAUUGAAAAGCUUAAGGUGACACACCGGCUGCCGCAGGAGGAGUCUAAAACCUUCACAUUGCUGGAAUUCAAGAAUGAACUAAUGACAAUGAAUCAAGAGUUUCUGAAGAUAUUGGAGAAAUUAUCACGGAUUCGUGCUAGCAUCCUAAAUGCGGUGAAAGAAGAUACCUACAAGGCACACCAGGAGCUGCAGCUUCACAUAGAAUAUGCAAAAAAGCCAAAUGAUCGCUAUGAACCCAUUCAUCUCCAUCUGGCUCACCAGCAGGAGCUGAAGAAAGAGCUGGCCCGGUCUGAAAGCAUCUUGCAGAAAUUGGGAAACUUUGCUGCUCUUGUCAAUCAAAUGACUGUGCAAAGUUUUGUCACUAUCAUCCGACGAGAUGCCAUUUCUUUCCUCAACAAUGUUUUGAAGAGGAAGAAAUCUCAGCAGUGCUGUCUCUUCCAAACUGAGCUGCAUUUCAGUGCCAAUAGUCAGCUCACUGUGAACCCACCGAUAAGUCUGUUCCAAGAAGCAGUGAGUGAAGCACUCCUGACUGUUGGCGACUCCAUAAUCCAGAUGUGUGACGCCUGUGGAUUCUUCCUGGAGACCAGCGAGAGUGCCUUCACCUGUGAUUUUGCUCAGCAUUCAGCCUCCGAGUUUAGUGGUAUUAAACAUCCCACUAUGACAGGGGAGAAUGAGAACAAUGAUGGAGGGACUGGUCGCAGAAAAUUUUGCUGCUGGCUAUUGCUCAGAGACCUGUCAGCUCGACGGCUGGAGCUGUCUAAAUUGACCAUGCUAAAGGUGCGGGGUAGCAGGGUGCAUGGCUGCUACUUUCCCCUCCCAAAGGGACAGCUGGAGUGGCAGAUCAGCAUCAAUGACAUUACAAAACAAGCUGAGAAAGAGCAGACCGAGAUCAUGCAGGAAGCUCAACUAGAAAUCCAGCAGCUGUGUCAGAGCUACUCAUGGUUGCUGGAUAUCCAUUUGUUCAUCAGCCAAUGGAGUCAAGCUUCUUUGGAAGACAUGAAGGGACAACCUGCUUUACUGUAUGAGGAGCUCAUAAAGAAGAUAUGCAACUGGACCAAGAGAAUCUUCACUGUUCCCUCAUCAAUCUCCAACUCCAACCAACUGUUCAUCAUCGAGUGCGCUUGCACAAAGGAAAAUCUAGGGCAACAGCUGCGGAUUGUUGAUGAGGAAGUGCUGAAGCACCUUGUUGAGCAGACAAAGCUGCACUCAGAAAGCCUCAUAUCAGACUUGGAGAGGACUUCUGCUGAACUCAAGAAAGAACCUCUCGACUUACACGACCUCUCAAAAUACGCUCUAAUGACGAGGGAGUCUGUGAAAAUGCUGACUGACAUGCCCAAACGUUUCCAGUACAUUCAUUCCCUCCAGAACAUUAUUUGCGCAAACUAUAGGAAGAUGACUGAACAGGAAGUGACUUUGGAAGAAAAGAUGCUGUCCACGUGGGAUGGCUUUAUUGCCCUCUUGAAUCAAGCAGAUGACACUGUGUGCCAGCGUCUUCCUUCGAUGGCUAACGCAUUGGACACAAUGUUCUCAUUUUUGUCCCUUGAUCUUAAAAACAUGGUCUCUAAAGCUACAUCUGGACCCUUCCUUGACCCAACCCAAAAUGCAAAAGAGAUGGUCUCCAAACUGAACCACAUGUUUACACAUGUACAGAAUCUUAGUGCAAAGAUGGAACAACUUAGUACGAACAGUCAAAACCUACAAGAACAUCCAAUGGAUAUGACCAUUUUAACGACACAUGUUCAGACGGUCGAAGCCCGUAAAGAGCUGUGGGAGCUGAUCGCCUUGUACACAACGUGGAUGGGAGGAUGGAAUCAGCAGUUUUUCAGUGAGGUUGUGGUGUCACAAGCUCAGGGGGAAAUUGCCAAGUGGAAGGAGAAAGCUCUGUCUCUUACAAGUAUCAUACCUACCCAUGAUGCAGUGCUGCAGGAUACUAUAGGAAUCCUGGAAAGCUUUAGCCAACGGCUUGAAGUCAUGGCCAAGCUGCAGAGCCCCACACUCAAACAUAAACACUGGAAAGCUAUUUUCGAAGGUAUGGGCCUACUGUAUGUCCCAGAGAAGAAGGCAACUGUUGCUGAACUGAUGUCUCAACAACUUAAAGUUGACGAGAAACUAAUUACCAAGAUAUGCAAGGAUGCGCAAGCAGAGUGUCACAUGAAGCAAACCUUCGAAAAGCUUCAACGGGGAUGGAAAGCCAGACUCUUCCAGCUGGAUAAAUUCAGUCUGCCUGUUUGGCAGCAUCAUGAACCACAACACGGAUUAACGGAGACAGAGAAUCCCACAGAGGGCAACGUUUCAAAUCUCCAAACUGCCAGUCAACACUCCCAUAAUGAUGCAAGAUUCACGAUCAUCGGUCUGGAAAUUCUCUUUGCCGAGACAGAGAACGAUUUGAUGGCUCUGUCCAUCAUGUUGGAGUCCCCACACAGUUCUGAGUCCAGGCAGCAGAUGGAGGAUUGGUUGCAAAUACUACAAGAUCUUGGGAAGCUGCUUUGUUUAUUUGAAAGAUAUCAGCAAUUAUGGGCCUUUCUGACCAGGAUGUUUCAGGAAACAUCUUUUAGGGUUCGGAGAGUCGAUCUGUUGAAGCAAUUUCAACCAGUUGAUGAGACAUUUAAGGAAGUUAUGCACUUCAUAUCACGUGACUGUCACGUGUUGAACUUUGUUCAUUCUAAGAAGACAAAUGACAGAUUUCGUGGUAAAAGCUUUUGCCAGAUCCUCAUGGAUGAUCUGUCUACAAUGGAGGCCAUUUCCAACCAGUUGGUGGAUCUCCUGGAGACCUUCUGUGAAGAGUUCCCAAGACUCUGGUUCUUGAGUGAAAGGGAAGUGAUACAACUACUCUCCUUUUAUCCAACGCCUCUCAAACUGGAACCCUUUGUUCGCAAAUGCUUUAAGGGAAUACACUGGCUUGAAGUGGAUUGUGAAUUACAAUCUAAUACAAGAGAUGUUAAGAGCUGUGUGACUUCAUCUCAAAGCCACAGACGGAUGAAGGUACUUGGGUUUUUCAGCAGCCUUCAGGAGCACAUUUCCUUUCCGGCUCCUUUAGGACCAAAUCUAAACGCCUUGGUUUGGCUUCGUGUCUUUGGAAAACAACUUAAGUUGACCAUUGUACAGCUCAUGAAACAAUGUGCUACUGUACGAAACCAGCUUGAACCAUCAAGUCAAGAUUUGUUAUCUGAUAAGGAUGUUGGAGACACUGUUUUCCACCGGGCUGAAAGGAGUAAAAUUCUACUACCUGUGCUGGAUCUGCUGUCUAAAUAUCCUCUUCAGUGUGUGCUGGUGGCUGAGGAGGCAGUUUGGUGCAAGGCUGUUCUACAAACUUUCCAAGAAUUGAGCACACUGACGUUGAGCAACAUAAAGGCAUACACCUUUGCAAAACUGAAACACCUUGGUCGUUCCAUAAGAGAUGGAGUCACAGGAGCCAAAUGUGAAUCUGUGGUUUCUAAGUGCACUAUGAUGUGUUUGCGUGCUUUAGUGCAACUCACAAUGAAGCAUUUGCAACAGCUCUCUCAGCUUAUGGAGGCACAGUGUGCGCUGGAAUCAUCUUUUGAGUGGCUAAGUAUGAUGAAAUAUCAUAUAAACUCAGAAGAUCGGUGUCUGAAAGGCAGCGAUGAUCCAGAAUGUUACGUGGAUGUUUUGGGCCAUCGACUCCAAUAUGAUUAUGAAUAUUUUGGUCCAGAAGAUUGCGUGAUGGUGCAUACUCCAUCCACAAAUCGGGUGACACUUGGGAUUCUCCUUGCUCUGACAAGCUACAGAUGUGGGUUUGUGAGUGGACCUUGCAUGUCUGGAAAGAAUACAACUGUGGUCCAGUUAGGAAAAGCGCUGGGGCGACACGUUGUCAGUAUGCAGUGUUGUCCAAACAUGAGACCUGGUGUCAUUCAACGAAUGCUGUGGGGUUCCCUCCAGACUGGAGCAUGGCUUCUGCUGGACUCUGUAGACUUACUAACACAAGGGGUCCUGUCAUUACUGGGGCAACACCUAGCAGACAUCCACCAAUCCUUCUUUGAGAUAACACAAAAUAAGAAUCACAGAGUGAAUGAGGAGCAAAAGGACAGGACUGCUGAUGGAUUCACAGGUUGCAAAAAUAUUGCUGAUUCAGAAUGCCAUAUGGUGCUUGCAGGGAAAAGCAUUGCUGCUAGCCUAAGCUAUGGAUGUGUUCUCAUCUCACAGAAGGGCUAUGCAUCUGAGGUUUCAGAGAGUCUGCGAUGUGCAACCAGACCUAUUGCGCUGACCCAUCCAGAUCACAGGAUCAUUGCUGAAGUAAUGCUGACUUCCAUUGGUUUCUCAGAGGCCACAUCUUUAAGUCAACGUCUGGUGUCCCUCGUCAGCCUGGCCAAGGAUUCCCUCUGUCUGCCUUAUUUUAUCACUGAUACCCAGAGCUGCUAUCUUGUUGUCUUGCAAAAGAUCAUCUCAGCCUCUGAAAUACACUUCCAGCAAAGUGUAAAGCAAAGAGGAAUUCCAGAUGAGGCUAAAGGAGUUGCUGCAAAACAAACUGAGCCUGUGCCUUUACAAAAUGUUGCUGCUAGAGCUGAAAGGGAUAGAAGAGAAACUGAAAAGCCUGCCAGGUUGCGCAGUUCUCAUUUGUCAAUUAUACAGGGAAUAAUGGAGGAGACAGCCAUUGUCAAAGCUAUUCUUUCUGUCUUCUUACCCGUUCUUUAUGAACAUAAGAAAGCCUCACAGUUCUACAACAUUUUCAAGGACAUAUUCCCUAUUGCGUGCCAGUUUCCUCUAUUCCAGCAGUACAGUGAGGAGGAAGAAAGGAAUCAACUUAAAGAAGCAGUUACUGAAGAAAUACAAAGAAAAGGUUUUCACUCUGACCCUGAAAUAAUUAGCAAUGCUCUAACACUUUACCAGACCAUGACAUUUUCUCAGGCAGUUAUACUUAUAGGCCCCUCAGGUAGUGGAAAGACAGCCUGUUACUGUGCUCUAGCUGGAGCACUCAAUCAUCUGACAGCCAAGGCAUAUGGGUUUGAAAAUGAAAAUAUUAUUGAAGAAGAUACACCACAGGUAGAGCCACAGAUCUCUGCUUUCACAUGGAACUCUGUUGACACCGUGGUAUUAUUUCCUAACGCCAUGUCCCAUAAAGAGGUGUUUGGCUUUUUCUGUGAAAAGAGAGGAUGGCAAGAUGGAGCUGUUGCAAAGGUGCUCAGAGAUUCAGCACAAUAUGAACCAGUAAGUUCUUCAAUCUGCGACAAUAAGAAGAAAAGUGACCAAAUACAAAAAUGGCUGGUAAUGGAUGGGAACCCCGUUGAACAGCCCGGCUGGUUAGAUUACUUAACCACACUAUGCACGCCUGAGAACCCCUUUCUGUGCCUGCCAUCAGGUGAAACACUGCCAUCCCAAUCACAUCUUAAGAUUCUCAUGGAGAUCACUGACCUACGUGAUGCAAGCCCCUCUGCAGUGGCUCGUUGCAACCUUGUUUAUUUCACAGGCACUGAUCUGUGGAGGGCUGUGUGGAAGAGUGAAAUGGAUGCUCUCUCUUUUGAACACAAACUGGAUCAAGGAACGUUAAAAAUAUGGAAUCGUCUGGCUGAAGAUCUUUUCUCCAGCACUCUUAAUUUGCUCAGGCAAAAGGCUUUAACCUCUGCAAUCUAUAAUGAUGGAGAAUCAUAUAAAAGCUUUGUGUAUGGACUGCAAGAAAUUAUGUCAUUUGUUCGGAUUCUACGCGCCCUCCUGCAGCAUUUUAAGAAGGAUGUGGAAAAAGUUGAGGCAGAACCACAAAAACACAAAAGAGAUAUACUUCUACACAGAACUGGAACAGCGGGCAAAGAUCCUCACACUAAACCAGAUCUGCUGACCAGGAACCUUUUUCUUGUGGCUUACAUUUGGGGAUUUUGUGGUCAUCUGCAUCCUCGCCACUGGCCACAGUUUGACUCAAUAGCCCAUCAAGUGCUGUUUAAUUGUCGGUACAAAAUCGUGGUUCCUGAUGAAGAGAGUGUGUUUGAACACUUUUUUAACAUCAACAGCAAGAUAUGCCCGAAGAACACAUUGCUGACAUCUGCUAUUCCUCCCAAGUAUGGGAACUAUACCUAUCUCAUGAACCUCUUGUUGGAGGCAAACCAGCCAGUGCUGCUUGCAGGAGAGCCCGGUUCUGGAAAAACCACUCUCUGCAAUAGUUUACUGAGUUUUGAAAAACCACACAUUAGCCUCCCCGGCAGUCCUCUACUGAGCUCCAAAGACCUGCGUGCUAUAUUGAAUAGUAUCAGUUGCCAGAGGAUCUCUAAAGAUACGAUGGGUUCCAAGACAGUACAGCCAGGAUUGCUUCUUUUUGUGGAUGAUCUGCAUGAAGCCCCCUGUGAUGUCUUUGGGAAGGCUUCAAUGGCCCUUGAAACACUACGACAAAGUAUAUCAAAGGGAGCAGUUCUAACAUUUGAUGCCAACCACUUAAAGUUAUUGAGUGCUGAAACCAUCAGAUACAUGGCUACCUGUUGUAUCUUUGGAUUGGGCAAUCACCAAAGUAAUGUCAUAUCCCCUAGACUUUCACGCCUGUUCUCCAUCUUUGUGCUCCCCAGCCUGUCUAUGGACGUUAUAUUAUCAAUCCAUUCUCCUCCGCUAAAAAUCUGGCUCAGAGAAAUGCCACUGAAGUUGAGCGUAGAGGAUAUGGCAUGUUGUAUCAUCACUGCAACUAAGGCUCUGUAUCAUGCCGUAUGUGACCAAUUCCAGCCUACUGUGCAGAGGCCCCAUUUCAUAUUUUCCCAUCAUGACCUUCAGAAGGUGUUUAGGGGGAUGUGCCUAUGGCAAUCUAACAUCCAAACAACAGUGACAAUGCAGAAAAAUGAGCAUUCACUCCCAGGCUUUCCACCACUCCUGCCAGGGCCUUCAUCAGUUCUUAACAUAGCACAUCUCUGGAUGCAUGAGUGCAUGCGUACUUUCAGUGACAGAUUAUGCUCAGAGGAUGAAAGCAAAACACUUGUGUCACUCAUAGCCAAGACAGCAACAGCCCACUAUGGAAUUAGACUGGUUGAUGAAAUCCAGCCUGUCAGUUUAGAUGACCUUCCCACUGUCACGAGCGCUGCUAUUCACACACUACAUGUGGACCCAGCAGGCACCUGGAGGCCAGUAAGUCAGAGUCUAGAUACACUAAAUCUGCCUCAAGAGCCAGAUGCCCAAUCAGACCCAGAGAAAUACCAUACACUGACUGAACCUUUCACUCUGUUAGAAAGCACAGAAGAGGCAAGCCCAAAAACUCACCCUCUGCAAUCCCAAAUUCUUCAGCACAUGGAGGACAUAAUGACAAAGCUUGUAUUUUGUCCUGAGCUGUCUGAAGUCCCAGUGAUUCAGCAACACAAUAUUAAAUGCAGCUCCUCUUAUCAGAACCAAGACCUUGAUGAACUACUGCAGAAGCUGUGCGUGCUCAUCAACAAAAGAGAAGAAGACAAAGGAGAGAAAGCUGAUAAUGACUACAACUUUACAACCAGAUUCACAAUACACAGACAGAGGAUGAGUCAGCUGUUACAUAUCUUCAGGGUGCUGCUCAUACCUGGAGGUCAUGGACUGCUGAUUGGCUCAGACAGAGGCACAGGCCGUAAAACCACUGUGCGUUUAGCUGCCUCUCUAACAGGAUUCCAGUUGAUGGAGGUGCAUCCUGGUAAUGAGAAUAAAUUGCAUGAAAUCCUAAAAGAUGCUGGGAGUCAAACCAGAGUGGAUGGAGGUAAUGUUAUUAUCCUGGUCCACGAAGAAAUAAGCCCGGCUGUCAGAGAUGAACUGUUGGUGGCGAUGGCUCACAGAAACUACCCAGGGCUCUACACAAAUGAGGAGCUGAGAGAUCUUGUUUCCAAAGUUGCUGCUGUGAAAAACUCAAGACAAUACCUUAUGGACAGUUGGAUGUUUGAGAAGUACUUGAACCAAAUCUACAGAAAUGUGCAUGUGUUCCUGUUGCUUCCCUUCUCCAUGUCAGACAGCAGUGAGUCACCUGGAACCCAUGGAUGGAAUGCACAACUGACUAAGGCCCUUAGCUUGAGUUGCUGUGUGGAAGUGUACCAGCCUUGGUCCAACCAGUCUUUAAUGGAAGUUGCUGCACAAUGCCUCAAAACCAGUCCUCAAAAAAUGGAGAGGGAAGACUCAGUGUACAGCCUGUCUGUGGCUAUGGCAGGAAUCCAUCAAUCUGCAUGCCAGUAUGCUUCUGUCUUUCUAAGAGCUCAACCUUUCAGCCCUCAGACUUACACAGAGUUCAUUGCAAACUUUGGUUACCUCUGCAAGCAUCUGCACAAGCAACAGCAAAGCCAAGCCAACAGACUUGCCACUGUUCUGUCUCAUUUGGAUGCUCUGAACAAUACAGCUGUGCAGUACAAACAGCACUUAAUAUGUCUGCAGGAGAAGGUUGCUGAGACCCAGCAGCGUGAGAAAGAACUCCUCAAAGCUUUAGAUUAUCAGAGGAGUCUGCUCGAGGAAGCCCAAGAGAAAUUUGUUGUAGAGGAGAACAAGCUGCAUCAGCUGGAAGAGCAAAUCAGUCACGCUCAGGAGCAGGUGAGAUCUGUGUUCUUGUCAGGCCUCAAGAUUCUCAGUUGUCUGAAUCCAUCUGAUCUGGAGGAAGUGCGCCACUACAGAGAUCCACCUGAUGGAGUGGUGAAAAUCAUGGAUGCCAUUUGUUUGCUGUUUAAUCGCCCACAAGGCUGGGAGAGUGCCAAACAGCUUCUUGGACAAUCCAACUUUUUCCAGGAGUUGGAAUUUUUUGACCACUACACACUGACAAAUGAACAACUGCAGCAGCUUGGCCAGAUAGUUCACAGUCCCCAGUUUGUGCCAGAGUCUGUGCGAGAGGUGAGCAAAGCCUGUGAGUCCCUGUGCCGAUGGGUGCAGGCUGUGUAUGAGUGCUGCUGUAUGCAACAUCAACUGUUAGUCAGGCAGCAGUUGGAGAUGCUGGCCAAAAAGGCACUAAGUCAAGUGCACCUGGCCAAGCAGCACAAGGAGGAUGCAUACUGUUGUCAAAAGGCUGUCAAGCUUCAGCUGGAGAUGGUACAAAAAGAACUGGAGGAGGAACUGUUGGAGCUGCACAAAGCUGAGAGCUCAGAAAGGGAAGCCAUUACAGCCGCAGGGCAGGUGGAGACAUAUGUCAGAGCCUGGGAGGCUGCUGCUCAGGGGGCAGAGCUGAAUAACAAAACCUUACCAGGAGAUGCUCUCAUCCUUGCUGCAAUCAUCUCUUAUUUAGGCCCCUUUAGACCUGAUAUACGCACAGAACUGCUGAGCAAGUGGACUGAGCUAUGUCAGACAGGGAGCAUCAACAUAAACCCCAAGGACCCCAGAGCAUCCCUGUUUACACGCUCUGAUGCUGCACCUUCUCAUCCCCCUCUCGGAUUCCCCAUCCCUGUGUGUGAGAGGCUGCAGCUGCCUCUGGGUCGGGCAUUAGGUAUGCACCAGAACGCUCCAUCUGCCAGGAUGGUGGUAAAGCUGCUGCUGUGGGGCUGCAGGAGUGCCUGGGCUCAGCGCUGGCCUCUACUGGCAGACACUCAACAACAUCUAGACAUAAGCUCUCAAAGCCGUCUCAUUACAGGAAAGAAGCUUGCCAAGCUUGAGGAGGAGACAGACUGUGGAACGGUGGUUCGUGCUGAUGAUCCAGAGCUGCUGGACAAGCUGGAUAUGGCGGCAGAGAACGGCUUAAGAGUCCUGGUAACUCAUGUGGAACGUGCAAUUCCCAGUCCACAGUUUCUGGCCAGAUUAAUUCGCUCUGCUGGAUGCUGCCUUCAAGGGUUAAAACAGCAUGGUCAUCAGGACCACCCUGAAUUUGGCCUCUUCCUUAGCACCAGUCUGCCAGUCCAACUGCUCAGUAGUGAGAUCCACCCGUCCAUCUUGGCUCAGGUACGCGUGGUUGACCUCUCUCUGAGCUCAGAAGAGAUCCAGGGGCUGAUGCUGACACAGCUGCUGCAGUCUGAGUGUAAAAAGCUGCUGAUUCGACACUUGCAGUUCCAGAAUGACAAGCAGUUGCUGCAGGAGAAAUUGAUCUUAGAAGAGGAUGCUCUGAUGGACUACAUCCUGCAGUCUAACACCUCACUGCUGGAGGACUCUGUUUUUCUCCCCCGAGUGACUGUUUGUCAACAUGCAAUGAAGAAACUGCAGGCUGAGAUCGAGCAGCUGAAUGAGGAGCUCGAGCAUCACGAUUCUCUGCUGGCUGUGGCCCAACAGUUAAUGAGGCUGGCUGCUACUUUCUACCGCUCUCUGCAGGAGGUGUCUCGUCUCUCCCCUGCCUACUACUUUUCCCUAUGUGGUUUCAUGACAGUUAUGCAAGAGGCCUUUAUUGUGAAGGGCAGACCAAUAGUGUCAUGUACCACUGGGGAAGUGCCAGGGGGCAUAAUAUCAGAGGUCACAAAGCGGAUGGUGGCCCGACUGCUGGCUCAAUACAGACCUUGUCUCUUUAAGAGCCAUGUCGCUGUUCUGGAGCUGCUGCUGUAUCUGGCUCUGCUCCAACACAACCAGCUCUGCUCCGAAGCUGAGAGGGUGGCUUUCCUCAGGGGCCUUCAACACAUUGAGCAUCCCGUCACUCAAGUAAAACCCUGUUCACAUCCCCCUGCUGUCUCACAGUCCACAAGUGCUCUCCCCAGCUGGAUACCCCCUCAUAUCCACCCAGAGCUCCUCUGCUUGGAGAAGAUCCCAGUCUUCAGAGGGUUGAUUGCCUCUCUUUCCACUUGCCCCAGUCAGUGGCAAGAGUAUCUGCACGAACCUUCCUCUACUGUGGCAGCUGCUGUUCCCUGUCCCUCUUACUCCCAUCUGUCCCUGCUACAGCGGGCUCUCCUCUGGAAGACUGUGCUCCCAAACUGCCUGACGGGACUGGCUGAGGCCAUGGACGCUGACUACCCCUACCUGCAUGGACAGACAACAGGGACGGAGGCCCCUCACACUGGAAACCCAGCCUCCCUGUUUCGUUAUCUUGUCAAACAUAAAGAACCCAUCAUGCUCACUCUGCCCAGUCAAAGAGGAGAUAAGUGGACAAGCAUCCAGCCUCUUCACUUAAUAAACAAAAUGGCCCACUGUGCAGCAGAAACAAAGGAGGUGGAAGUCAUUUCUUUUGGGGCUCUGUGUGACAGAGAGGUCAUUCUCUCAACACUGGACAAAGCUGUUAAGGAUGGCCACUGGAUAGUUUUUAAUAACUGUCACCUGUUGGAACAAUGGGAUAAUAAAGUAGUGGCUCGCCUCAAUCAGUUUAUGUCCUCGUUUAAAGAGGAGCGAUGCCUGAUUCACCCGAGCUUCCGAUUGUGGUUUAUAACUCAAGAAUGUGCAACACGCUCCAUACCAGUGGCAGUGCGAUUGUGUGCCCUGCCUCUGGUUUGUGACUCUCCCUGGGAUCUGAAGGAGGAGCUGAGCUGUUCCAUGCGACAGGUGGUGUCCGUCAUACAGAGUCAGUCACUGUCUGUCACAGCAGACAACAUGGAGCUCCUCCUGCGCUGUGCCACCUUCCACUCUGUGUUACUACAGAGACAGACCUGUAAAUACUUAGGCCAAGGGUCAAUCUACAAAUGGAGUCAGGAGGACCUCCUGGCUUUGAUGGAUGCUCACAUUUGUAUUGCAAGUCUCUGCCAUAAUAAAACCAAAGCUUUGCAGUAUAUAGCAGUCAGUCUAGUGCAUGGUGGCCAUGUACUUGACUCUGCAGACUUGGAGGUAGUGGGCAGCAUUGCUAAGACCUGCCUUAGCGGAGAGUCCCCUCUCUGGGCCAGGGGACCACACUUCUUCUCAAAUAUUACCAGCCAUCUGGACCACUUUGAUUUGUCAGAGCUACUGCAGAUUUUGGAGCAGGAUCUUCAGGAUUCAGCAAGCAUCAGUGACACUCUUGUACUGGGCUUCAGUGCAGAUGUGGCAGCUGAGAUAAUUAAGAUUAACAGCCACAAUUUAAACAUACUUUUACAGGCCUCCCAGACUCCCUUAGGAGCAGUUAGGAGUGUCUACAAACACCUAAACAAGCCUGCCACACUGCCAGCAUACAGCCAUGCUGCAGAGAGACUGCAAGCUCUGAAAAGUUACCUCACACACAAGAAUGACAGCACCGAUACAAAUGCAGGAGCUGUUUCUCACACUCACCUAUGUGACUUCCUCCAGGCUGAGUGGGAUGAUCUCAUCGAUUUGGUGUCUUCGCUCCUCUCAAAGCUCGAACAGCCCGUUCAAUACGGCUCGCCGACCUUUGCAUCCCUCCUAGAGCUCACUGACUUGUCUCGCUUGGAGAGGAGGGCAAAGUUGCUCAGUGGUUAUCUCCGGCACCACAACACUUCAGAUCCUCCCAGUGCAUACAGACUAUCUGCUUUCAGAAAUGCCAAGGGCUUUCUGGUGGCAGUGAUGAGAGAGGCUGCUCGAGUAAAUCGCAGAUAUGUCAGUGAUAUAGCUCUGCAUUUUCAGGUUCUGAGCGAUAAUACAUACCCAGCCACACUUCCCCUGGGCGCUGUGUAUUUGUGUGGCCUGGAGCUGAGAGGGGCAUCAUGGGAUACACAGCUAGGAGCCCUACAGGACACAGACUGUCCACAGCCAUGCUCACUGCCCCUUGUUUGUGUGAAGGCUCAAGUCAAGAGCACAAAACUUACUUCAUCUUGUAAAAGUUUAAAUGAAAGCAGCAAUGUCAAGGUCGAACAUGCUUCUUCAUCAACUGCCCCACAGUUGCCACUCUAUCACUGCCCGCUCUAUCUCGAUGGAGAGCGGGAGAGUGGAAACUGGGGACUGGCAGAUGUUAAUAUCAUCACUACAUUGCCCCUGUAUGCCAAGCUAAAUCCUGUGUUGUGUAGUUUGAGGAGGGUGAGGCUGGUGAGCAUGCUUUGA